AUGAACCGUUUAAUCUACUUCUCGGCGCUUCUUGUCGUCGCGUUUGCCGACGAUUCGGAUAAUGGAACAAUUGUUUCUGCGACACCGAUGUGCAUAGAAUAUGCGGAUUGUAUCCACAAAGCACAGCAGAAGGCCGAGGAGUGUCAUCUUUUGGAGAAUAAUACCGAGACCACAAACGGAAAGAAGGGAGUGUGUACCGAAGCGAAACGAAUUCAUUUGGAGAUUCGAUCAAUUCACGACCAGAUGUCCGACGAAAUCGAAACAUGUGUCCGCAGCAAAGCAGACAAUGUCGCCGGACUGAACGAAAAGAAAAACGAAAGAUGCCAAGCUAUUCUUAAGAAAAAUGCCAAAAGGGCAGCUAUUGAGCCACAGAAAAGGCGAUCCAAGAAAGAAAAGAACAGUUUGAAAGCAGCCGCCAAGACAUGUAACAAAGAGGCUCGCCGACUCAAAAGCCAAUGUGCUCGACUCGCCAAGUGCUGUCCGGCUGUUAGAGUAUGUCAUCGUAAUGAGGAUAAGACAGAGUUAGAGGAGAAGAAGAAGGCGUUGAAGGAGGCUACCAAGGAUUGUGCCACGAAUGGAAAGAAGGGAAACAAGAAACUGGGAAAACGUGUUGGAGAGGACCGUGAGAGAGAAGGAAAGAAGGCAAAAGGGGAUAAUAAGAAGACUGGAGGACUCGGAAAAUCAUUGGAACGUGCUGCAAACAAGAAAAAGGAAACACCAAUUGGAGGAAAGAAGUUGGCAGCCGCUUUGGAUGAUAUGCAUACAUAA